GAGUUGGUUUAGGGGAAGAGCUGCUACAUUGACUUCAGUUGCACUCAGGAGAACAGACAGGUUCUUCCUUUGGGUUGGGGAGGUAGUUGUCUCUUCCUGAAAAGGAAGCCAGGAAACAAAUAGCUAAUAUACAGAUAUAGAGAGAGAUUUUAAAGUAAAGGAUGCAUUGGAAGACUUUGCUACUGCUGCUUUUCUAUUACAAUGCUCAUGCCACUGUGAGCCCGAGGUGGAACAGAGCCAUGCUUUUCCCAUCUGCUCAGCGGUUUAAGAGAUGGUCAUCAUCAGCCCUCGUGAACCCGGUGCUGCAGAACUCGCUGGAUGAUGUGAACAUGCUUUUUGAGUUUCUUUUAGCUGAGAUUGAAAUUGACAAAGGUCUGAGGAUCUCCAUUAAAGAUGAGGAGCUGGCUUCGUUGAGGAAGGCCAAAGAAUUUGACACUGUCUGCAAUGACAUUAUCCCCAAGAGCAUCACAGAGAUUCGUCGGCUGAGUGCCAGGCUGUCUGACUACCCGAGGGAACUAAAGAAAGAAGAUUUUGAAAGGACAGUCUUGACCAUGGUCUACACAGCCUACAGGGCAGCUCGAUCUCGGAAGCACCAGAAGAACUCUUGGGCCGAAUCCUUCAUCAGUCUCUACAAGGCCCUGAAGCAUGACUUGAUGUUCUCAUACAGCAAAAAGCCAUUGCACUGAAGGAGGAGUUUAUACACCAAGAAUGCAACAAGUUCUGCUGAUAAGGGGAUAUCACGUCCACCACUUUAUUCUGUAAAGUAUACAAUAAAGCAAAGUAAACAAUUUAAGUCUACGCAUAGUUAAGGUUUCAGAGUAGGAGCCAUGUUAGUCUGUAUCCAUAAAAAGAAAGGAGUACUUGUGGCACCUUAGCAACUAACAAAUUUAAGGAUUUAAGUUAAGGAUUCUUUAUUCUCUAGCUCCCCCUAGUGGGAUAUUGUUAUAGAAACAUGUUAAACUGGAAAAAGAUCUUGUCUGCUUCAGUCCCUGGCAUCCAUUCUCAUGUGGGCAAAGAAGAAUGUUCUGUUACUGAGGGUGAAGGGUGUGUGUGUGUGUGUCUGUCUAUGUAUAUGCAUAUGUGUGUAUAUAUAUAUAAAAGUUAUUCCCAAAGGAUGAAGGAAGGGCACGCUCAUCUGGCAAGUUUUGGGUGAAGGUUUAGAAACCCAUUUCCUCUUUUGGAAAGUAGUAGAUAUUUUGAAGUCACAUUAAACAAGUCCAUCCCUGGUGUAAUAUCAACAAAGUUAAUGGCUUUAUGUCUGGGAUAAUUUGGGGGUGAAGGGGAGUUUGCUCUGCUAACUAGUUUGCAAAACAAGCUCAGAAGGAAAGUGUGCUGAGGAAUGCUACCUUCCUGGCUAGAAAAAAGAUAGUAAUUUUGCUGCCACCUAAUGGGGUGUAAAAAGAGAGCGAGAGUGAGAUACAGGCCACUAUAAAAUGAAAACACGUCAUGGCAAUUAGAGCUUGGAGACUAUGGCAAGAGUAAAAUCAGCAAUAUUCUUGUAACUCAGACUAGCUGACUCGCUUCCCAGGUAUUGGCAACCUAUUUUAAUCUCUUGUUCUCAUACCUUGGGUUGAGCCAGUUUUUAUUCACAAGAAUAUUUGUUUGUGAAAGGACACACAGUUAUUUGUGUGUGCAUUCUCCCCAGAAGAGCUCUCACAGCCAGUCUAUAAGGGUCCUUCCAUUAUUUGCACAUGGCUCUGAGCCUGCAACUAUCUGUCCAUGUGGAGUCAACAGCAGGAUCAGAGCCUAGAUUAAUUUAACAAUUACACAUUUUUCAGCUUGUCUCUAUAACUCAAAGUUGCUGAACCAAUCUCCUGGUUUAGAACAUCCCUGAACUUUGUGAAGGGUGUAAAAAAUCAAGACUUUUAUGGAUAAUUCAUGGACACAGGAAAAGUAUUCAUCAGAUAAAUUAUUUGCAAUGAACAGUUCAACCUGUUCUAGUGACAAUGUCCUAAGGUUUAAAACAGGUUAUACUAAAGCUGUUUAUCUACCUAUGUUAGGUAUUUCUAGCAUGUCUCACUAUAGUUUCUGAGCACUUCUAAAUAGCUGUUACCCCCUUAAUAUUUGUACCUGUGCCCUCUCUCACUGACUCUCACACACUACACUCAGUCUUUAUCUCUUUAAUCAUCCACUUUACUUAAUUUUCUAAACUUUAUAAAUAGAGACAGGCCCAAA